CCCUGGGAGAGGUAGUUCUCCUGGGUGUCUACCGGUGUUGCCAGCGCGGCAGUGGCGGCUCUUUCGGCUCUAUCCGGCGGGUCCUGUGAGGGCGUGCUGAGGUGGCCAAAGGGCGUGAAACUGAAAGAGGGUGAGUCAGGCACUGUCUAAGCGAUAAAUCGAGGGAGCUCCGCGGUGUAGGGCUGACUUCACUAAGUGCGGCCCGUGCCGCAGUCUCUUCUGGGGCCCGGCAAAUAACGUCAGCGAGAGGAGGGUGAGGAGGAGCCAGAGCCCGCUGGCUGCGAUCGUUCUCGCCCUCAGUACGCCGCCAUCUCCACCAUGCAGUCCCGGGAGGAAGCCCCGCGCUCUCGCCGCCUCGCUAGCCCCCGCGGCGGGAGACGGCCCAAGAGGAUUUCCAAACCCUCGGUUUCGGCAUUUUUCACCGGCCCAGAGGAGCUGAAGGACUCGGCCCAUUCAGCAGCUCUGCUGGCACAGCUCAAGUCUUUCUACGACGCGCGUCUGCUAUGCGACGUAACCAUCGAGGUGGUGACACCUGGUAGUGGGCCUGGCACGGGUCGCCUUUUCUCCUGCAACCGCAACGUCUUGGCCGCCGCGUGCCCAUACUUCAAGAGUAUGUUCACGGGCGGCAUGUACGAGAGCCAGCAGGCGAGUGUGACCAUGCACGAUGUGGACGCCGAGUCCUUCGAGGUGUUGGUUGACUACUGCUACACGGGCCGCGUGGCGCUGAGCGAGGCCAACGUGCAGCGCCUCUAUGCGGCCUCUGACAUGCUUCAGCUCGAGUAUGUGCGGGAAGCCUGCGCCUCCUUCUUAGCCCGUCGCCUCGACCUGACCAAUUGCACCGCCAUCCUGAAGUUCGCAGACGCCUUCGACCAUCACAAGUUGCGGUCUCAGGCCCAGUCCUUUAUAGCUCACAACUUCAAGCAGCUCAGUAGAAUGGGUUCAAAUCGGGAGGAGACUCUGGCAGAUCUGACCCUGGCCCAGCUGCUGGCUGUCCUGCGCUUGGAUAGUCUGGACAUAGAGAGUGAGCGGACUGUGUGCCAUGUGGCUGUUCAGUGGCUGGAGGCUGCUCCCAAAGAGCGUGGUCCCAGCGCUGCAGAAGUUUUCAAGUGUGUCCGUUGGACACACUUCACUGAAAAGGAUCAGGACUACCUGGAAGGGCUGCUGACCAAGCCCAUUGUGAAGAAGCAUUGUCUGGACGUUAUUGAAGGGGCCCUACAAAUGCGCUAUGGUGAUACGAUGUACAAGACUGUGGUGCCCACACCAAACAGCAGCACCGGCUCUAUUGUAUCUUCAGCAGAAAAUCCACCCCAGAGGAUGGGUAUGUGUGCCAAGGAGAUGGUGAUUUUCUUUGGACACCCCAGAGAUCCUUUUCUCUGCUAUGACCCAUACUCAGGGGACAUUUACACAAUGCCUUCACCUUUGACCAGCCUGGCUCACACUAAGACCAUCACCUCCUCAGCUGUCUGUGUCUCUCCAGACCAUGACAUCUAUCUAGCUGCCCAGCCCAGGAAAGACCUCUGGGUAUAUAAACCGGCCCAGAAUAGUUGGCAGCAACUUGCAGACCGCUUGCUGUGUCGUGAGGGCAUGGAUGUGGCAUACCUCAAUGGCUACAUUUACAUUUUGGGUGGACGAGAUCCUGUUACUGGUGUUAAAUUGAAGGAAGUGGAAUGCUAUAGUGUUCAGAGGAACCAGUGGGCUCUGGUGGCUCCUGUACCCCAUUCCUUCUAUUCCUUUGAACUAAUAGUGGUUCAGAACUAUCUUUAUGCUGUAAAUAGUAAACGCAUGCUCUGCUAUGAUCCUAGCCACAAUAUGUGGCUGAACUGUGCUUCUCUUAAACGUAGUGACUUUCAGGAAGCCUGUGUCUUCAAUGAUGAGAUCUAUUGUAUCUGUGACAUCCCGGUCAUGAAGGUCUACAACCCAGCCAGGGGAGAAUGGAGGCGUAUUAGUAAUAUUCCCUUGGACUCAGAGACCCACAACUAUCAGAUUGUCAAUCAUGGCCAAAAAUUGCUGCUCAUCACCUCGACCACUCCACAGUGGAAAAAGAACAGGGUGACUGUGUAUGAAUAUGAUACCAGAGAAGACCAGUGGAUUAACAUCGGUACCAUGUUAGGCCUCUUGCAGUUUGACUCUGGGUUUAUUUGCCUCUGUGCUCGUGUGUAUCCUUCCUGCCUUGAACCUGGUCAGAGUUUCAUCACUGAGGAAGAUGAUGCACGGAGUGAGUCUAGUACUGAGUGGGACUUAGAUGGAUUUAGUGAGCUGGACUCUGAGUCAGGAAGCUCAAGUUCUUUUUCUGAUGAUGAAGUCUGGGUGCAAGUAGCGCCUCAGCGAAAUGCACAGGAUCAGCAGGGUUCAUUGUAAAUAAUACUAAGGCGUUUCUACUGCUCUGGAAUGUAUCUUAAAAAGAGCCUUCUUUUUCCUAAAAAAAAAAAAAAAUUUGAGUAAGACCACAGAUUUGGUUUAGAAAGGGUAAUAUUUUGAAAUACUAACUUAAAGUUACAAAAUUUAAACAGUUCAUGAAAUCAGCCUAUUUAAUAAUUUACCGUGCUAAAAGUCCAAAAUUAAAAUAGUAAAAGUUCUAUGAAAAAACUAAACUCUAUAAUCGAUUAAAAUGCUUGGAGAUUUUUUUCAUUGUUAAAGUACCAGUGGAUUAUUUUGAUUAAUUAGCAUGUUUAUAAUUUAAUUAUCCUAGUUUAGUCCGUUCAUUUUAAAAUUCUGUUCAGUGGUGCAAGCAAAGUAACUUUUUAUUUGAAUUUUUAUAAUAGAAAACUUACUGGACUACGAAUUGCUAGGUAGGGUUUUGAAGGUAUGUAUUUUCCUUCACAAUAAUGAAAGCAGUAGAUUUCCAAAAUUUUAAACUAGUUGUUUUUUUAAAAAUGUAUAUUUAAGUUAAACAUAAUUUGUUAAGUUUUUGUUUGGCUCUCCUCCCCUUUGCAGAGAAAAAAAAAAGUGGAUAUGUGCGUUAAGAUUAUUGAAUAGUGAUUUCAUUUUGAUAAUGUACAGAAUGGCCUUACUAGCUCAUGGAAGAUUUUUAAAAAAUCAGGAUUUCACUGUUUGAAAGAAAUUCCAGUUUUAAUUUGGAAUAUAAAAUGUGCAUUUGCUAAAUGAUCUCUAUUUUCUAUCUUAAAAAAAAGCCAUUCUGAUAAUGUCACCAAUCAUUUAAAAACCCUUCUAAACCAAAAAAAAAAAAAAAAAAGGAACAAGUUUUAUAGGUUCAUAUUUUUGAUCUAUACCUGAUAGAUGUUUUAUUGAAUCAGAGUAAUGAUCCUUUUUUUCAUUGGACAUAUUGGGUAAGGUAAAUUUUUAUCAAUUGGUCACGCCUUGACUAAAAGCUUUGCUUUCCUAAAACCUUUUGACUAUAGUUUUGGUGCUCAUCUUAGAGGACUCUUGAUUAGAAUGUGGUUUGUUCUUUACUGUUUUUGUGAGGUACUACGGGAUUUUGAAAAUAUGUAUAAGCUAAAAACAGUAUUUUAUUGAGAUCAGUAGUCAUUGUGUCUAUCAACUAUGAAAUCAAGUGCCAGCAAAAAACCUUAAAACUUUAAGCUGUGUAUAGCAUUGAAAUAUUCUGUCAGUUUUGGAAGUCCCUGUAAAUGUUCUUAAUUAUCAGCUUUAAGGUAUUUUUGUAUUAAAAGUUGACAGUUAAAGAACAUAAGUGAAUGAUGGCAUUUGGGGCCAACUGUGAAAGUAUGUUUCCUCUAAAAUAUUUCCCUAAGAAGUGGUAUACAUGGUUAUUUUAUUAUGGCAUUUGUAUCUGUUCCGUGUUUUUAUGUGAAUCAUGGUCCAGUGUUUUUUGGCGGGGGUUGGGGGGGAGGAGUCACCAUAAUGUAAGGGAAAGUCCAGAAUAGAGACUAAAUUGCACAAAACUGACAUUGUUAGGUACAGGAAAAUACAGGUGCUUACCUUUUGAAGGCUUGUAAUACAUAUGGUUGGCCUGAUACAUAUACAUGAUAAAUGGCCAGAUGCUUAUAGUGUAUUAAUUUUUCUAUUCCCAUUUAGAAUGAUCUUCCUGAAUCUUUUUCUUUUUUGAUAACACGCUAAUCCCUCGUGUAUGAUUGUUCUCUAGUGACAGAAUGCUAUCAUUUCUUUCACUCUGGCAGAGUACAGAGGAGUGUGCUCUGGUAUGGGGAACUGAAUUUUUUAAUGAAAUGUCAGAGGACAAAAAAAAGAGGGAGAGAGAGAAAAAGAUAAGGAAAAACAAUGUUUUCUUAGCCAUUCUGAUUGGCCUUUAGAAGAAUCUACAGGACGUUCCUGUUUAACAUUACUUUUAGUGAAAUGAUAUGCUUGCCCUAUCGAUGUGUUCUUUCAAAAGGGCAAACAUGCUUUAGUGGCCUAAAACUAAAUUUUGUCCCAUUUGAUAUCAGGAUGUUAUAAGCACUGCUUUUAACAUAGCUAUUUCUCGAUAGUGUAAUUUUCUUGGCCAACUUUUUCAUCAGUAAUUUCUUGUUGAUAGCUUUUUGUUUUAUAAAGUUGAAAUAUAAGACAAUGCUUAUCUCAACCAGAUCAUCCAUCUGCAGAAUUAAGGUAUGCAGCUAAUUUAUGAAAGACAAAUUCUCCCAUUUGUCAUUUUCAGCCUUUGAGUUAAAGCCAAAAGUAAAUAGUAGUAAUAUCUUCAUUUACCAUGAGGUUUUUCUUGGGAAGCAUUUUGUUUUUACAGUUUUCAUAAUUUACGUUUUUGUGAAUUGGAGUAGAUGUUAACCAUUAUUUUAUAGGUAAGAGAUUUGUAUGUGGUUAGUUGCAAAUAAAAUUGGCACUAGAACCCA